AUGGCAACAUGUAAACCACUCCUCCGGGUCUGCCCAUCGACCCUGCAACCCGCAUCCCUCCUGCCACGGACCCAACAACGCUUCGAAUCCACAACCCGACGACACAGAAAACUACUCGCGCUCCCCGCGGCACCAUCCUACACACCAUCCACCUCGUCGCCAACCCUGAUAUUCAACCCCCCAUCCUCCGCCCCCAGCGUCCACCACACGCCUCUAAAAUUCCUCCCUCAAUCCGACAAGCGCCGCACCCUCUACGCCAACACGCACCACCAACUCACCCGCACAGCCCUCACCUCACGCACCUCACCCAUCGCUUCCCCGGGGACACCGCUUCAAACCUCGAGCCACCUACCCCCGAAACCCUCUUCUGCCCUACCACCUCCAGUCCGGCAACCAUACGACAAACAAUACCACCUUUCCGAACAGCAAGUUGCGGAAAUCAGGCAAUUACGCGCAGAAGAUCCGGAUACGUGGACGAGGGUUAAGCUGGCGGACAAGUUUGGGUGUAGUCAGUUUUUUGUGGGGUUGGUGGCGAAGAAUGAGGCCAAGGCGGAGAGGGUGGCGCGGGAGCACGAGGGCAUGAGGGCGAAGUGGGGGGGAAGGAGACGCGAGGCGAGGGAGGAGAGGGGGAGGAGGAAGAUGGGGUGGGGGAGGGAUGAGUAA